UUCAACGGCUCAUCAUUCUAGCCGGAUGAUUUUUUGUUGUUUUGUUUUGUAAACGUUUCGGUCGGUGGUGAGAAAGUUAGCGGAUUUUAUGGAAAUAUAGAUUGCCAUCCCAUAGAAAUGGCCGAUGACGAUGAUUCGGGCGUUCAUCGCCUCGAAGGAACCAGUGGCAGUGAAGUGCGUGGCGGAUUGAUAAUUAAAAAGGCAAAGACCGAUGAUGGCAACAAGUUCAAAGUUCCGAAACCCUCAAUUUUGGGAUUGGAUAAAUUGGCGGCACAAAAACGCAAAGAACGUGAGGAAAAUGACCGUCUUAUUUCGUUUAGAGACAACGAACAUGAUGACGAUGAUGAUAGGCAAAGUGGAAGCAAGACUCCAUCGACGGCCGCAAAUCUCAGUGAGUUUGCCUUCAAGAAACCGGAUACAAUGAGUUUCCAAAAGAUCAGUCGCCAGUUGAGGGCUCACAAGGAUGAAACCCCUUCGCAUACGGGUGGUGUAUCCGAAGAGGCCAGAGAACGUUUGAGAGAGCACAUCAAGAGAGAUCGCAGCAAAGGCGGUGUACAUUAUUCCACUAAAAGUUAUGAGGACCGUGAUGAGGAUAAAGAUCGCAGUAGAUCAUCAUCGUCGUCGUCAUCAUCUUCUUCAAGAGACAGGGAUCGAGAUCGGGAACGUCAUAGAGAUAGAGACCGAAGUCGUGAUAAACGUCGUGAUCGAGAUAGAAGUAGGGAGCGUAAUAGAGAUCGUGACCAUCGUAGAGACCGUGAUCGUGAUCGGGAUCGCAGCGAACGGGACUCAACUCGUAGUGUAAGUACGCCACGAUUUCGGGACGAGCCUAAAACUCCGUCUGGUGUCUCAGUAUCGGGUAGUGCAUGGGACGAUGAUGAUCCAGCCGAACGUUCGUCGCGAAAAUCGUCUUGGGAUUUCCCAACACCAAAAUCUUAUGCCAGCUCUGAGAAGGGUGAUUGGUCUGAACGUAGUUCCAGCAGUGGUUUUGGUUCCAUGUCAGGCUCGCGUAGCCGUUCUCGUCGUGAUAGAGAAGACGACACACCUCGUCCUACUCCAGCCCAUAAGUACAACCAAUGGGCUAAUGAUCGAAAACGUUCCGGGGCAACUCCAUCAACGGGACGCAGCAAUCGCCAACCUUGGGGCGAAAGUGAGGAAGAUCGAGAUAUGUGGGAGGAGGAACAAAGACGUUUGGACCGAGAAUGGUACAACAUAGAUGAGGGUUACGAUGACGAGCACAACCCCUUCGGCAAUGCCAAUGCCGAUUAUUUCAAGAAACGCGAAGAAAUGCUGGAGCAGAAACGCACCAAGCGUAUCAGUGCCCAACAGAGACAAAACAACAAAGACAAUGAAUUGUGGGAGCGGAAUCGUAUGUUGACCUCUGGUGUGGUCAUGUCCAUCAAUGUCAACGAUGAUUUCGACGAGGAAGCCCUGGAACGUGUCCACCUCCUGGUCCACCACAUUAUUCCACCUUUCCUGGAUGGACGUAUUGUUUUCACCAAACAACCGGAACCUGUCAUACCCGUUAAGGAUCCUACCUCAGAUAUGGCUUUGUUGGCCCGCAAGGGUAGUGCAUUGGUACGAGUCUACCGGGAGCAAAAGGAACGGAAAAAAGCCCAAAAGAAACAUUGGGAAUUGGGUGGCACAAAGCUGGGCAAUAUCAUGGGCAUCGAGAAGAAAGUCGACGAAGAGGAUGCCAAAUAUGACAAAGAUUCCGACACUGCCGAUUAUCGUAAGGAUCAGAAAUUUGCCGAUCAUAUGCGUGAUCAAGAUAGUUCGGCGGGAUCAAGUGAUUUUUCGCGUAAGAAAUCAAUAUUCGAGCAAAGGCGAUUCCUGCCCGUCUUUGCUGCCCGCCAGGAGCUGUUGAAUAUUAUACGCGAAAAUUCGGUGAUCAUUAUUGUGGGUGAAACGGGUAGUGGCAAAACGACUCAGUUGACACAGUAUCUUCAUGAGGAUGGUUAUAGUAAUUUCGGUAUGAUUGGAUGUACCCAGCCACGUCGUGUUGCUGCCAUGUCGGUGGCAAAACGUGUUUCCGAUGAAAUGGGUACCAAGUUGGGGGAAGAAGUUGGCUAUGCCAUACGUUUCGAGGACUGCACAUCGGAGAAAACUGUCAUUAAAUACAUGACAGAUGGUAUUCUGCUGCGUGAAAGUUUACGUGAUCCAGAUUUGGAUGGUUAUUCGGCAAUUAUUAUGGAUGAAGCCCAUGAACGUUCAUUGUCUACAGAUGUGCUGUUCGGUUUGCUGCGUGAGAUUGUUGCCCGAAGACGUGAUUUGAAAUUAAUUGUUACCUCAGCCACUAUGGAUGCCACAAAAUUUGCCACCUUCUUUGGCAAUGUACCAACCUUUACCAUACCCGGACGUACCUUCCCCGUCGAUGUUCUAUUUAGUAAAAAUCCCUGUGAAGAUUAUGUUGAAUCGGCAGUCAAACAAGCCCUGCAAAUCCAUCUUACACCCAACGAGGGAGAUAUGUUGAUAUUUAUGCCCGGUCAGGAGGACAUUGAGGUGACAUGUGAGGUACUGGCUGAACGUUUGCUGGAAAUUGACAAUGCCCCUGAACUAUCCAUUUUGCCCAUCUAUUCCCAACUACCCUCAGAUCUGCAGGCGAAAAUAUUUCAACGUUCCGCCGAGGGUAUACGCAAAUGUGUUGUGGCCACAAAUAUUGCCGAAACCUCACUGACGGUGGAUGGUAUUAUUUAUGUCAUCGAUUCGGGUUUCUGCAAAUUAAAAGUCUACAAUCCACGCAUUGGUAUGGAUGCCCUGCAAAUAUAUCCCAUAUCACAGGCCAAUGCCAAUCAACGUUCCGGUCGUGCCGGCCGUACUGGACCUGGUCAGGCGUAUCGUUUGUAUACGCAACGCCAAUACAAAGAUGAGCUGUUGCCACUUACCGUACCUGAAAUACAGCGAACCAAUUUAGCCAAUACGGUACUGCUGUUGAAAUCAUUGGGUGUGGUGGAUUUAUUGCAAUUCCAUUUCAUGGAUCCACCCCCGCAGGAUAACAUCUUGAAUUCCCUGUAUCAGUUGUGGAUUUUGGGUGCCUUAGAUCAUACGGGAGCUUUGACGCCGUUGGGUCGACAAAUGGCCGAAUUCCCCUUGGAUCCGCCGCAAUGUCAAAUGUUGAUUGUCUCGUGUCAAAUGGAGUGCAGUGCUGAAGUGUUAAUAAUAGUGUCUAUGCUAUCGGUGCCCUCUAUAUUUUAUCGUCCCAAGGGUCGUGAAGAGGAGGCAGAUGGUGUACGUGAGAAAUUCCAAGUUCCAGAAUCCGAUCAUUUGACAUAUCUCAAUGUGUAUCUGCAGUGGAAACUAAAUAAUUACAGCUCCAAUUGGUGCAAUGAACAUUUUAUACACAUCAAAGCCAUGCGCAAGGUGCGAGAAGUACGCCAACAACUCAAGGAUAUUAUGAUACAACAAAAACUAUCGGUGAAAUCUUGCGGCACCGACUGGGAUAUUAUACGGAAAUGUAUUUGCUCCGCCUAUUUUUAUCAAGCGGCCCGCCUCAAGGGUAUUGGUGAAUAUGUAAAUCUUCGGACGGGCAUGCCCUGCCAUCUGCAUCCCACCUCGGCUCUAUACGGUCUGGGCACCACACCCGACUAUGUGGUCUAUCAUGAAUUGGUUAUGACCGCCAAAGAGUAUAUGCAAUGUGCCACUGCCGUAGAUGGUUAUUGGUUAGCCGAAUUGGGUCCCAUGUUCUUCUCUGUCAAAGAGACCGGUCGGAGUGGACGAGAAAAGAAAAAACAAGCAGCCGAACACCUCAAGGAAAUGGAGACGCAAAUGCGUUUAGCCCAGGAGGAGAUGGAAGAACGUAAACUGAAAGCGGCCCAGCGCGAGGAGCAAUUGGCAAAUAAACAGGAAAUAGCAACACCAGGCCAUGCCACCCCCAGGCGAACUCCAUCGAAAAUUGGAUUGUAAAUCGGGGUUUUUCUUCUUCUUUUUGUUUAAAAUAAAGUUUUAAAUAUGUUUAUCUUUUUAAA